UAAACACGGGUUGCUCAUUAUUACCCUCAGUUAAAUAGCGUGUUGCUGAGUUUGUUGGUAAUUUUGAAUAGGCCAACAUUAAAUCAAGGUGACUGAAAUAGAGGCGUGAUUAUGUAUGGAGCUCCAGUGGAUUUAUCUUUCAAAAAUAUCUGCAGUUUGGAAGACGCAUGGACUGAAGAACCCAGCAGGGGUCUGCGGCCUUUAAAGAGAAAUUCAGAGAUGAAGUACCCAAGCUGCUCUCUACGUCUCAAUAAUAACAACAUCCUCGAUCUCCAUGACCUCCAAAAGACGGUUAACUACUUCCUGGCCGAGCCUUCACAGCUCGCCUGGCUGGACCUCUCCUUCAACAGCAUCUCACACAUAGAUAAAGUUUUGUGCGAGCUGCGUGAGCUGCGUGUGUUGUAUCUUCACGGCAACAGCAUUUUCAUUCUCUCAGAGGUGGACCGGCUGGGAGCACUACCACAUCUACACAGCAUCACUCUGCAUGGAAAUCUCAUAGAAACCAACAAGGCUUACAGGAAUCGUGGGAUUUCUGCUCUGCCUCAGUUGAAGACGAUGGACUUCAGUGCUGUGACCCGACAGGAGCGAGUCAUGGCAGAGAUUUGGCAUCAGAGCAACAGCCGCAUCAGAAGCAACAAGUUGUUGAAAUCAUAGUUUCACCCAAAUGUCCUGUGCCCCGAAUCCAUUGCUAUAAUCAUUUCUAAAACAUUGUUUGUUGGUUUGAAUAUUUAUGGUUAAAUCAGCACUUUUUUCAAUGCUUUUGUCCAAUUUCUUUGAUGGAAUUAACAGUUUGGGCAUUAACAUACUGCUGAUGUGCAGCCACUUCACGGAUAUAAGCAAUAAGACAAGAGUGCUUAUGUUGAACAUCUUUAAUGAGAUAAUUAAACCAAAAAACAAACAAAAACAACAAAUUCUUAAAACUUUUUGGUGCUAGCCUAAGAUAUAUCAAACAUAUGUCAGGUAGUAGAACACAUUUGAGUAACAAAGAAAACAGAAACAAAUGCCAAGAACCCAUUGCAAAAAGCUCAAAUCAGUUGCGUGGUUGAAGUAAUCACAGCCUUGCAGAUCAUCCCUUUAGAGACUGCUCCCUGCACACGCAUACAGUCAUGUGCUCUCCUCCAAAGAGCAAGUAAACAUUUUAAAACACAAAUAAAUAAUCACAAAAGGUCUCGGAUCAUUUUAUCUGUUUUGGUACAUAGGUUGUUAGCGCUCCCCCAAACUGCUACAAUGGUUAGUUUCUGAUUAAUAUGAGUAAUUCAAUCAUAUUAUAGUCUGCAGCGAAAAGCUUUGCUUAAAAGCUAACAAUUGCAGGCCUUAAAAGGGUUCUUCAGUUUCAUAAAAACAUUUGUUAUCACUACUCAAAUUUUAGCCAAUCCUGACCAAUGAACUCUCUACAAAAAGAGGAACUUCGUACAACUCACGUUUUUAUGAUCAAUCAGAAAAUUCUGUACAAAGGCGGCAUGAAUACAUGAUUAAUGUCCGUGCACCCUACACCUGCCCACCCUCUGAUCGCUGUAGGCCUCGUCUGCUAUUAAAUAUGUGAAGUUCUGGGAUUCGAUUUAAAGAGUUUGCCAGAUACAUUUUCUCAGUGCUAUUAAAAAAAAGCAGAGGACACAUUACUGUCUGUAAACUCAAAACCAGAGACAUUAUGCCCACCCAGCAUCCCCCUGCUUAUGUUCGCAUCCUCACCCUCCAGAGUACACCAACCAUAAACAGGUCAAUUUA